AAAUCUUUUUUUGCAGUGUUUUCCUAUCCAGAUAGGAAAAAGUCAUAAGAGACAAGAACAGUAAUCAAACAGUAUGUAACCAGUUUAAUUUGCAGAGUUCAAAAAAACCCAUCCCAUCUCCUAUUUAGGACAUUGGUAGAUUUGCUACCUAGAAAGUGGGCUCUAAAUAAAAAGUGGUAAAAGAAACACUAAAGAAUAUGAGAAAAUUCUGAUUGAUCCAUGGUGUCAACAUUCUGUAACCCAUGACCUCUUGUUCUAGUACCAGAAACAUUUUUUAAUCAAGAAACAAAAUAAUCAGAGCCAAAAAAGCAAGUGUGACUCAAUGAUCCCCAUUAGACUCAUACUAACAAAAAGAUUCAAUCUUGUCAGAAAGCAUCACUUCCUAGUCUGGGCUGCAAAAUACUAUUUCACUGUUGUAAUAGAGAAGUAAGAGGAUAGAUACAGAACUCUCCUUUCUGGAAAUGUGCUUUUGUAUUUAAUCAUUCAUGUUAAAAAUGUUUCUUAAUUUGUAGAUGUGCAGAAAAUUAUGAAAUGAAGACCAUUAACUUCUGUAUGAGUAAUUCCUAGUGAACCGUACUAGCUUCUAGGUGCUGGAAAAUCACAUCCUUCACACUGAAGAUAUUAACAAGUACCGCCUUGAAAUUCUGCAGCACCUCGAGCCAAUCUAUGUUGGGACUGCAGAGGUUAGUCUUGCCUUUACUUUGGUAGCAGCACUGGAAUUCAUACAGCCAGGUAAGACAGGUAAAGCAACCGAUCGACACAGCUACAAACUAACAUUGGGGGAAAAGUGUACAUACAUAUAUAUACAUAUAGUAUAUAGCAGAAUUUGUUCCUUUUAUAUUGCUUACUAUCUGGGAUUCUGACAGUUAAAUAAGAUGUAAAACUGCUGAUGUGAUUUUCAUUCUCUCUAUAAAUAAUGUAUUCUUUUAUUAAAAUAUAUAUAUAUUUAGAAUUCAGAAAAUCAGUGAGUAACAAUUUGAUGUAGCUAUUGCAGAUAUUCACUUGGUGACGUUUGCAGUAGUCACCUUUGUGCAGGAGGGGUAAGUUACCAUUGUUGCAGGAAGGUAAUAUUUCUCAGCUGCUCAGCAGACUGUAUGUAUUGAAGAUCAGUGUUUAACUUGUUUACAAAGUUCUGUGUUUAACAGAGUUAAAUUUGCUAUGUUUAUUUAGGAAACUAUUUCUUAGUAAUGUUUUUCUUGCUUAAGAGCCCCGGGAAAACCUGUCACUUUGCUAAUCAAGAAAGGAGGAAAUAUGAAAAACUAACAUUCAUUCAAGUUGAAAGUGUGCCUAUUGCUGAUGCAUUGCAGAAUCAAAUCAGGUGUGAGGCACAAUUGUUUCCAAUUAACUACUUUCAACCGGCAAGCUCUAAGCACCAAAUCACCACUUCACUUCCUUAGUACGAAUGCUCUUGUAACAAAGAGAACUGAACUUUCUGCACUGGCAGAAGCAGCUAAGACAGAAAACACCUCCCUGAGGGCUGAGCUGGUUUAGCUCUCCAAGGCACAUGGGUGAGUAUGAAGUUCAGUCUUAUGUGAAUGGCUGGUGUGCAGUAGUCACAUCUGAGCCUUUGUAAGGAUGUUUCUGGAGAUAACCAUCAAGAGACUAAAGCAAAUCUGGUAUGUUUGUGUAUAAAUUCUUGGAGACCAACCAUUUUUGUUUCUGUGGUAUUUAUUCUGACUGACUUUAGAAAUAGAAGGUGAAAGGUUUAAUAGACAGCAGAAUAAUUAUUGAAGGUACUAUAUCCUUGACCUUGCAAUCUUUAUUUUAUUUAAAAAUUGAAGGUGGAAAUAAUGGAGGAAUGAACCAUUUAUGAUAUGGCUAGUAAAAUUAUCAGUCUUAUAAUAAAUCUGCAUGACCACAAGUUCUGUCAGAAACCCCAUAACUUUGAAUUUAGAAAAGGGGCUUUGGUUAAUGCUUACACAAUGCUUUCAAGGCCUAUUUGUCCUUGGCUAAGGUUCUGGGGUUUUUAAUAGAAAAAUGUAUCUGUUAAUUUUUUAUGUAUUAAGAGUGUAGAAUAAUAAUAUUAUAUAUUUUAAAAUGUGGAAUUGACAAGAGAUGUCUAACCUCUUGAAACACCUCAAAAAAUAACAAACAGUGCUUUCUUUACAUGGCUCGUGUAUCCUUGCAUUGUGGAGACGGGGUAAUAACUUUUGUGUAUGUGUGUGUGUGUGUAUCAUUAAUGCAUGCGAGUUCAUGUCCUUUUUAGCAGUACUGAAAGUACAGCGGCUUUAUGCAGGCUAGAAGGGAAGAGGAAGUUGGUAACUUUCAAAAUAUCAACAUUAUUAUUUUAAAAAAAGGUGUUUUGUUUUAUUAUUAAAAUUUUCUGCAAGAGUUAAACCUUAGGUCUUAAUUAGAUUAAGGACAGGCUUCUGCAAGGAGUCUUUGCUUUUAUUUGAAAGGUUUAAAAUAAGGAUACAACUGAAAUAUUUUCCCUAGUAGCACACAAUGUGGUGGUUUUGGCUAGAAUUUAUUCUAUAUUGCUCAUUUGUUCUCCGUGUUUGUAUUAAAGUGGGAACUAACUGAUGUUCCUCACAAAUAUAAACUUAAGUCAGGAAGCAAGUCUUUCAAAAGACUGCAGUAAGUAUUAGAAACUAAAACUACGGUGAAACAACUCAGUGCAGCUACCUUGUAACCUAUUACUCAACUGAAGCCAAAAUGCUUUGUUUUCCUCCCAAAAGAAGCUUGCUGAACUAUUCUUUUUGUAAAAGAGGAAAAACUUUAAAAACUACCUUAACUUUUACUCUGAUUUAUAUGGCUGGGUGCUUUUUUUUUAAUCAAAUGGAGAUAAAUUUAUUGUGUUAGUAACUUCAGCAGUGUCAUGUUUUGAACGAUAUUGACCUCUUGCUGAAAAAAACAAUUUCCAUGGACAGAUAAAUAAAGAAAAAUAUCAUCUAUCUAGAAAAAAACAUAGACUAAUUUAUGCCUGUAGUUAGUCUGUAAGCCUUCUGCCAUGCUUAUAGAAAUCACUGUAUUUGUGCAGGUUUGGUAGCAUGAGGGUGAUAAAGUAACUUACACUUUCAGAUUAGCCCUUAAAUUCAGCAUUACUGGGAAGAAUAACAGCUAAUAAUAAAGCAAAUAUCUGAAUAUUAUCAAAGCAAAGUCUUGGCAGGAGGAAUGCAGAGAAGAUAACCUUGUUCACAAACUGAUUUUGUAGGAGUUAAUUACAUCUUAGGCUCUAGGGGGAGGUAAGUUUGGUGCACACAAUAAGAACACCACAGGGCUAGAACUAUGACUUAAAUAGCUCUUUUUCCAAAGAAACCAAGUUAAGACUAUUAAUACUGAUUUCUGUUUAAAAUUCCCUUGGUAUUUGUUAUUCUGUUGUAAUUAGAUCUGCUUUCUCACUCUAACAAUCUUCAGAUUAAGCAAAAUGGUCAUGAUUAUUUCUUUUAGGGUUGUAUAUGAUUAUUAGAAUUCCUACUGCCAUCUGGAUAAGCAUGAAAUCCUAAAAUUAGCUUGACUUCUAAAAGCUGGUCUGAUUCUAAUGGAAUAACCCCCUGUAGACUAAGAUAUAUGAACUCACUCAAACUUGGAUAACUGAUACAUUAUCAUCUUUAUCUUACACUUUUGAGAGGGACAGAAGUUAGAAGGUUAUUUAACACCAUAAUGUGAGGCAGAAAUACAACCAUAGAUGUUUUACUGAAGUUAAGUUUAGACUUUAAAAUCCAAAAGAUACUUUAAAAUAAUCAGAAAGGAUAGCAGUAUAGGCUUUUUUGGUACCAUAAUUCUUCUAAAGACAGAAGUGGUAUUAUGUCUCAAAGUGAAACAUUUUAUUGUUGAAGUACUUAGAAUGAUUUUAACUUCUUUCUUUUUAAGAGGAUUUCAGCUUGUCAUUUCCCAAGGAUGUCUUUUUAUAGAAUAAUGUCAGUAACUAAUGAAGAGGCUUUACCUAGUCUUGAUUCUCAGUGUUCAGCAGGGAGCAAUGAUAAGUGAGUGUUAUGAUAGGAAUUGAGUCUGCAGUCCUACAGUACAGCAAUAGCACUCAUUGUCAUUGGAGGAAUAGUCUUCCUCAGUGGCGUAGUUCUUGGCACACUGUACUUCCACAAACACGUGGAAGCUGCAUAUGCUCUUAGGCCUGUCAGACUUGCCCUUGGCUUGAUAUUUCUAGUUACUGGAAGUGUGGUUUACCCAUCAUUAAACAAACCGUUAGAUGUGAGAGCCUCAUGAGAGUAUCUGCGAGAGCCUACAGCUGAAUAUAGUUUUUGUACUUGAGGACUUAGGAGUGUUAAAAGAUAGGUACCAGGUCAUUAAUUGACACAAGAGUGAACUGAAAUAUGUAUCUUGCCUAUUAUGUUAAUCUAUUUGCAGAUGCACGUUAUAACAGCCCUGCAAACCUGCUGCCUACUAAUGGCUGCCACCUCUUGCAAGUGUGGAGCUCUGCAACAGGUACGUGCGUCUCAAGACCGUCUUUUUUUGAAGUGACUCCCUUCUAGGGUGUCUGAGCAAACGCAGGCAGAGGCCUCACCCCCCUUCACAAGGUGACACUGCCCCAACUGGAAACACUUAAUGGGUCCAGCUGUGUCUGCCUCACGCUCACCUGCACAAGGAAAGGGCAGCGACCACCCCUUGUAGGGGAUGCCUCGGCUCCAAAAUGCCGACAGCCACCACAGACCACUCUUCAGCUCCUGCUCUUCUCUCACGAAGGGGAGAAGCACCGGCUGCGUCAACCGCCUCGACGAGGCAGAGGCAGGAGGAAGGUGCUUAUCGGGGGGCGCCGCUGGCGUGGAGAGGCCGGCGAUAGGAACCGGGCCUCGGCGAAAAGGAGCAGCCCAAGAGAAGCGGAGGGCGGUGGCCGCCCUGAUGGCGGCGGCCUUCCCGCCUUCCACCUCAGCGGCCGCUGGGGCGUGGCCCCGCGCGCAGGUGCGAGCGGCGGGGCGUGGCCCGGAUGUCCCCCUCAGGUGCGGCCCCGCCCUCCGGCCGCGCCCCGCCUUCCCCUCAGGUGCGGGCGGCCCGAGGAGGCGGCGGCGGCGGCGCUGCUUCCCCCCCCCAACCCCGGCCCGCGAUGGCGGCCCCUGGCGGGCUGGGCCGCUGCGUGGCCGCCUUCUGGCUGGCGCUGGCCUUCGACGCUCUGGGCCUGGCGGUGCUGCUGGCCGGCGUGUUCGCCGACGUCUUCUUCUCCGACCUGCUCAUCUACGCGGGAGGCAUCGGCAUCUUCCUCAGCCUCAUCUGGUGGGUGUUCUGGUACGCCGGCAACCUGGAGGUGCCGCCGGAGGAGCUGCGCGACGACGUGGGGCUGGCGCUGCCCAAGGGUGGCGGGGAUAGCCUGCUGCGGGGGCUGGUGCACGGCCUCAGCCUCCGCCUCUCCUCCGCCUUUGCUCCCGCAUCGCGAUCCCGCGCCCCCGCCUCCGCCGACCUGGAGCUGCAGCGCCCCCGGGGCCCGCGGGGCCGCCCCGCCGACUCCGGCAGGAUCUGUUGAAGACAAGACUGUCGAAGAUACUGCCUCUAAAAGUGGGGGAAGUGCUACAAAUUAUGGAAAGAGAAUUCCCUACUCAAUGCAAUAGGAUUCUCUCAUUAUGGAAUGUUCACUGCAACCAUUGUGGACUCUGUAUAAAAUGGACACAUAGAGCCAUAUCUCUGCCAAAUGCACCUAUUUCAGUGUUGGACCGGGAAGGUUUUUGUGGUUUUUUUCACCAUUUCAAAACAUAAACUGUAUCUCUUAAGAAGUGAGAACUAAAAAAGAAACAAAGCUGAUUCACAGAAAACUCACUGCAGCGUCUAAUAUGGAUUUUUCUGAAUUUUUAUUUUUAAUAACCUGGGAAUGUUUUGAUAAAAAGCUCUUGCACGAUGAAAAGCUCUUGCACUGUUUUACCAAGGUCUGGAAGUUAAACUUACUGUGAAUUUUUAUGAUGUCAGUGCAAUACUUUUGUUUGUAAGGGUGCUUUUAAAAUAUCUAUUGUAAACUACUGAUGCAAGGUUGCAAAUGUAGUAAAAGUUGUUUAUAGUGUAAAUACCCAAUUUACAGUGACUGUUAUAAAUUUUCAUCAUUUUUUAUAGUUGGAAAUGAUGUAGUAUGAUGAUUCUAAGAAAGAGGCAUUCUUAGUCCAAUGAUGUUGGGAAUUAUUUUCUUAAUGCUGAAGCAUUGGUGGAGGGUGGGGACACCACCAAAAAAAAAACCCUGUUGAUUAACAAAUACUCCGAUAUUUUAUAAAAUAUUAAAAAAAUUACAUUUCGAUGUAACUGAGAAGUAGCACCUGAGAAAAGAUUUAUAUUAAAGUUAAUGAUACCUAAAA